AUGGACGUUCGGGUCCUGUUGCGAGUCAAGGUGCUGUCGCGAGCCACUUUCCGGCAGGCGGUGGGGGUCAGUAGCGUCCGGGAGGAGCUGGCGGACCACAACAGUCGACGGCCGCUGCACGGACAGUGGCCGGGUUGUGAUGUUUCGGCUACGGCGAGGUGGGGCAUAGGCAAGCUGUAUGUCCACGGGUUGCCGGAUCGCGAGCUUUGUUCACCGAUGAAUCAGCGGAAUUUUCUGCAGCCGCAGCAUAUGAUGGCCCUCCAAUUUUCGAUAAAGAGCUGGAGAUUCUUGAGGAGUUCUUAUAGCUCGGCUCUGAACCGAAGCUCCUUUAACUCGACUCAAAUCGAUAAACAAUCUUAA